UAUGACGUGCAAUAAACGUUUAUUAGAUUUAUAUUAUUUUCCUUAAUUGCAUUAUCAACAUUUCUAGAAUAUUUAACAUCAAAUGAUUUUUAAAAAUCUUUUCUCUUCGAAGUUCUGGUUUCAAAAUUUAUUUGACGAAAACAUUAUAUAUCACAGAUGAUCAUAUAUAAGUGAUCAGUAACAAAAGUAUCAUUUUUUAUGACAUUUUUUCUGGAAUUCCAUUUGAAAUGUGUCAACAUGGUUUUAAUAAAAUCAUUAUAAAGUACGUUAAACAUAUUUCAAUAUCGUAGAUAAUGUUAUCUCUUUUUCUGAUUAGAAUUAAUCAGAUUUUUCUUUUUUUAUUAGGAUUAAUUUUUUUUUUUUUAAUGUGUGUAUUUUUCAUAUAGUUUUUCUUUUAAAGUUUAUUUAUUAUCUUAUAUUAAAUAAAGAUUUAUCUAUUUACUCAUCCAUGUUUUUUUUUUAUCGAGUCUCAAUUACGCGUAUAAGUGAUAUUUGUCUUAUCGACUGAUAAUAAAUAUAUAAAGAUGUCAGUAAGAUGUAUUUAACUUAAGUUCUUUGUUAAAAUAGUUCGUACGUCCUUAGUAUUCGAAUUAAAAAAAAAAGAAGAAACGAAAAAAAGCAAAAUGUAUAAUUUGCAAAUUAUUCUUUCGUUCUGUAUGGUUUCCAUAAAUUUGAUACAAAUUCAUGGCCACGGUAUGAUGAUGGAUCCGAUUAAUAGAAGUAGCGCUUGGAAAAAACAUUUUCCUGUUCCUCCUAAUUUCAACGACAAUGAACUUUUUUGCGGUGGUUUUGCGAUUCAAUACGAAAAAAAUUAUGGUAAUUGCGGCGAAUGUGGUGACGAUUGGUCUUUGCCACGACCUAGACCCAACGAAAAUGGCGGUAUUUAUGGAACUGGACUCAUUGUCAAAAAAUACACAGAGGGCCUUCACAUCCAAAUUCAAAUCAAUAUAACCGCCUCUCAUUUGGGACAUUUUGAAUUCUCUAUUUGUCCUCUAAGCAACCCGAAGGAACUCGAAAUGGACGAAUGCUUUGCUAAAUACCCGGUACAAUUGGCCGAUGGUUCGUAUAAAUAUAACAUCAAAACAUACGAACCUGAAGUCUAUUCGAUCGAAGCAAUUCUUCCUCAAGGACUUAUCUGUGAGCAUUGCGUCCUUAGAUGGCAUUACAGAACUGCAAAUAGUUGGGGUAUUUGUGAUGAUGGUUCAGGAGAUAUCGGUUGUGGCGAUCAAGAAAUCUUUAGAGGUUGUUCUGACAUCGCUAUUACCAAGUAAAAUCUAUUUCCUUCCUUCCAAAUUGUCCUAGAUUCUUUCAAACAUCACAAAUGAGAGAAAAAUUAUAUCUGACGAACUAUCUAUAAAGAUCAGCAUAAAUUAUCGUUAA